CAGUUAAGAACAAAUUCUUAUUUUCAAUGACUGCCUAGGAACAGUGGGUUAACUGCCUGUUCAGGGGCAGAAUCUAUUUUAUAUAUAUGAAUGUCUAUGGUGGCAACAUACCAUAUCCUUGCUCAGGGGAGCUUGGAUGAAUUUGUUGUAUUAUAGUGCCCCCUACUGUCAAAAGAUAAAUACAGUUUUAAUACGACUUUAUGAAUGGGCACCAGGCUUAUAUAUGGAAGAACAUUAUUUAGUUAAAGUAAUACUAAAGGUUGUUUGAGAGCAUCAAGUCAGUGAUGUUUUGUGGGACAAUUCUGACUGACUCAUCUACUAAUGAUAAUGAGUGGUUAUGCAGUGAUUUGUAGAUCAGUUAAUUGGCAGUCGUCUGCAAUGUUGAUCAAGCCCAGAGACUCUACAUAACCAAGAAAUAUAUAGCCUGCCUUACACAACCAUGUUGGUAGUAACUUCCUAGGGAUCACUAGACAGACUGACUGGGAUGUUACUGUGUUUAUGUACAGUUCAUUCGUAAAGUAUUCAGACCCCUUUACCUUUUUUCACAUUUUGUUACGUUACAGCCUUACUCUAAAAUUGAUUUAAUACAUUUUCUUCCCUCAUCAACCUACACACAAUACCCCAUAAUGACAAAGCGAAAACAGAUUUCUAUAAUUUUUUGCCAAUGUAUUACAAAUAAAAAACUUAUUUACAUAAGUAUUCAGACUCUUUUCAACAAGACUAGAAAUUGAGCUCAGAUGCAUCCUGUUUCCACUGAUCAUCCUUGAGAUGUUUCUACAACUUGAUUGAAGUCCACCUGUGGUAAAUUUAAUUAAUUGGACAUGAUUUGGAAAGGCACACACCUGUCUAUGUAAGGUUCCACACUUGAUAGUGCAGGUCAGAGCAAAAACCAAGCCAUGAGGUCGAAGAAGGAAUUGACCGUAGAGCUCCGAGACAAGAUUGUGUCGAGGCACAGAUCAGGGGAAGCGUGCCAAUUUUUUUUUGCAGCAUUGACAGUCCCCUAGAACACAGUGGCCUCCAUCAUUCUUAAAUGGAAGAAGUUUGGAACCACCAAGACUCUUCCUAGAGCUGGCUACCUGGUCAAACUGAGCAAUCGGUGGAAAAGGUUCUUGGUCAGGGAGGUGACCAAGAACCCGAUGGUCACUCUGACAGAGCUCCAGAGUUCCUCUGUUGAGAUGGGAGAACCUUCCAGAAUGACAACCAUCUCUGCAGCACUCCACCAAUCAGGCCUUUGUGGUAGAGUGGUCAGAUGGAAGCCACUCCUCAGUAAAAGGCACAUGAAAGGCCACCUGUAGUUUGCCAAAAGGCACCUAAAGUCUCUCAGAAUAUGAGAAACAAGAUUAUCUGGUCUGAUGAAACCAAGAUUGAUCUCUUUGUCCUGAAUGUCAAGCGGCACAUCUGGAGGAAACCUGGCACCUAUGGUGAAGCAUGGUGGUGGCAGCAACAUGCUGUGGGGAUGUUUUUCAGUGGCAGGGACUGGGAGACUAGUCAGGAUCAAGGGAAAGAUGAACGGAGAGAUCCUUGAUGAAAAACUUCUCCAGAGCUCUCAGGACAGACUAGGCCAAAGGUUCACCUUCUAACAGGACAAUGACCCUAAGCACACAGCCAAGACAAUGCAGGAGUGGCUUCAGGACAAGUUUCUGAAUGUCCUUGAGUGGCCCAGCCAGACCGAGCCUGGAAUUGAACCCGAUCUGAAAAUAGCUGUGUAGCGACGCUCCCCAUCCAACCUGACAGAGCUUGAGAGGAUCUGUAGGAUCAUUGUAGGAUACUAUGUGUAGAUUUUAAUCCAUUUUAGAAUAAGGCUGUAAAGUAACAAAAUGUGGAAAAAGACCCCUUGUCUGAAUACUUAUUACAAUCACCAGCUGGGCUUGGAGGAGGACCUUGCAAAUUAGCUGACAAUGUGGAAUGUCUCCAUAGGCUUGGUCCUUGGUCCAGCUGAGCUGACUCUUGUGCGUGUUUGCUGAUAGCUCACUGUAGUGUGACAGGUGUGGCUGACUGUGGCCUUGGUGAUGUGUCUUGUUUCAACCUAUGGGAGAGAAGCUCUCUGUCUCCCAAUCUACUAUCAUCAUGGCUCAGUGUUUCAUCUGCGUCUAUAUUGGCUCCGUAUUCUCUAUAUAGUGGGAUUCUGGUCAAACGUAGUGCACUACAGGGACUGCAACAGCCUGAUCAACUCUAUGGGAAGGAGAUGUGUCGUGCUGCAUGAGGCAAUUGGUGGUCACACCAGAUACUGACUGGUUUUCUGAUUCACUCCCCUACCUUUUUUUUAAGGUAACUGUGACCAACAGAUGCAUAUCUGUAUUCCCAGUUAUGAAAUCCAUAGAUUAGGGCCUAAUUUAUUUAUUUCAAUUGACUAAUUUCCUUAUAUGAACUGUAACUCAGUAAAAUCUUAAAAAUUGUUGCAUGUUGUGUUUAUAUUUUUGUUCAGUGUAAAAGUAGCAGCUAGAGAGAGCCCUUUAUAUGGAAUAUGGUGCAAUUUGGGAUACAAGAAAGGGAGACAUGUCCCUGUGACAUUACUGACCUCCACUAGGCAAUGAGGUUAAUCCCAUGCUGCUCUGAUUCACCUCACCAUGAGGUGAGCCAUUUACUUGGUUCUAUGGUAUUUGGUAAUAUAAUUACAUAACUGAUUCAGAACAGGAAAAUCAUGUUAUCAACGAUUCCAAAGAAAAUAAGGAAUAUACACACGAAUGGACAUAUACCUCAUGAAGUCAGUCAUUUGAGAAGAGGCUCUUGUUUGUGAAUCAAGCGCUGCAUGCUGCGUCACAUUGCCCAGGUAAACUACGGGAGACUGUUUAUGGGGGCGGAGUUGAGAGCACCCGCGGGUCUCGGUCGAUAUAGACAGAGGCUUUCAUUUCUUCACUAGAGGUUACAGUUGAGUUUACGACUCACACAUACAAGUGCAAAUGAACGACUCGGAUUAUCUGACAUGCAUUGUGUGAUUUUUUUCCCGAAUUUGAACACCUUUUCAGGUAAACUAUUUCAAUUCAAUUGCAAAAUUGAGAAUAUUUGUUUUUGUCAGUCUAUAUUGACCUAAAUUAAUUGUCUUGUACAAGGCUACGUGCCACACAAUUUACCCUAUGUUCCACAACUAAACUAAUGUGUAGAAUGUAUAACUAGGCUACAAUGGAAAGUAGCAUCAAUUGCUGAAAGAUAUAUGUAAAUAGCAUGCUGUUUUAUUAAGGUAACGGCCGGGUUUAAUUUUCUUAUUUAUUUUUUUUAAGUCUCGGAAAUCAGAAUACGAACCAUUAUAAUGUCACACACUGAGUUUGAGGUAGCUGGACGCGGCUUCCCAAGCCUUUCGGUCGAACUGAAAGAUGACUGCUUAUCUGGCCGGGUCCCGUCGAUGCCACUGAGGAACAACUUGGGUGGCAGGAGAAACUCUUAUGGACUUCACAAAAUUAACAUGGACAUCGACCCACAACUCUAUGGUGGGACGCUUUCAAAGGCUCUUUCCGGGUCCGCGGAGAAUAUUUUAACUUUGACGGAGGCCAGAGUUGAGGAGGACGACAAAACGGAGACUCCGCCGACGUCUCCAUCUCCGGUCUCCAUCCCGGGCGCGAGCAUCACCGGCAGCAAGUCCCCCUGUACCCAAGUCAAGGACCCGGUCACCCCUCUGGUGAACAACUGGAGCUCGACCCAGAGUCCCAACAGACAAGAUGCCAGCUCGGACUCAGACAAUGAGCUUGUUCAAAAUAAACCACACAACGUGUUGUCACGCAGUCCGUAUGAAAGCAAAUGUGAACAGGAGGAGAGGGAGGACAUUGAGACCAAAGCUGUGGCCACCUCACCUGAUGGAAGAUACCUGAAAUUCAACAUUGAGAUUGGGAGGGGUUCGUUUAAGACCGUUUAUAAAGGACUGGACACAGAGACUACUGUGGAAGUGGCAUGGUGCGAGCUGCAGACGCGUAAGCUGACCAAGUUAGAGCGGCAGAGGUUCAGCGAGGAGGUGGAGAUGCUGAAGGGUCUGCAGCACCCUAACAUCGUCCGCUUCUACGACUCCUGGAAGGACAACUCCAAGGGCCUCAAGUGCAUCCUGCUGGUCACCGAGCUCAUGACAUCAGGCACCCUCAAAACGUACCUGAAGAGGUUCAAGGAGAUGAAGCUGAAGCUGCUGCAGCGUUGGAGUCGGCAGAUCCUGAAGGGGCUCCACUUCCUCCAUACCCGCACCCCUCCCAUUAUCCACAGGGACCUCAAGUGUGACAACAUCUUCAUCACCGGCCCCACCGGCUCCGUCAAGAUAGGAGACCUGGGCCUGGCCACACUCAAAAGUGCCUCCUUUGCUAAAAGUGUCAUUGGUACCCCAGAGUUCAUGGCUCCAGAGAUGUACGAGGAGAAGUAUGAUGAAGCUGUGGAUGUCUAUGCCUUUGGGAUGUGUAUCCUGGAGAUGGCCACCUCAGAGUACCCGUACUCCGAGUGUCAGAACGCAGCCCAGAUCUACCGCAAAGUCACCAGUGGGAUGAAGCCAGACAGUUUCUACAAAGUCAAGGUCCCAGAGCUCAAAGAGAUAAUCGAAGGAUGUAUCCGGAUGGAUAAAGAUGAAAGGUACACCAUCCAGGACCUGCUGGAGCACACAUUCUUCCAGGAGAACAACGGCGUCCAUGUUGAGUUGGCUGAGGAGGACAACACGGUGAAGUCAGGCCUGAAGCUGUGGCUCCGCAUGGACGACACCAAGAAACUCCAUGGGAAGUACAAGGACAACAACGCCAUUGAGUUCCUGUUUGAACUCUACAAGGAUGUGCCAGAGGAGGUGGCGCAGGAGAUGGUAGUGCUGGGCUUCGUGUGCGAUGCCGACUUCAAGCUUGUGGCCAAGGCCAUUCGGGACCGCAUCAACGUCAUCAAGCGCCAGCGUGACAAACUGCGCCGCCUCGCAGAGAAGAAGAAGCAGGAAGAGGAGGAGCCCAAGCCUGCACUGCAGCCGCCCUCCCUGAAAAUCAACAGGUCUCCAUCAAAGCCCCAUCAGAGCCCCAUAGGCGUCCAUGCCCCCACCCCGGCCCAGAGCCAGGAUCACCCCUCCCCGAACCCGCUGACCCCCACCUUGUCCCCCGUCAACAGCUCUCUGGACUCGGGCAUCAACGCCAGCUUCAUCCAUGAACCUGAGGAACCAGAGGCAGACCAGCACCAGCACUUCCAGGUCCACCACACCAGCUGCUCCUCGGCCAACUCUGACUGCGAGACAGACGGCUAUCUCAGCUCCUCUGGCCUCCAGGAUCCCCUGGAGAUAGCUGUCAGCCUCAACUGGUCAACCCUGACCCCUCCCACCCUGACCCAAAACACUGGGACUGGGACUACCGCCCCCAACAGACACCCUCAGCACCACUCCAUCCCAGGCCUCCGCUUCCCCUCGAGUAUUGCAGUUUUGGGUAAUAUGGAGCAUGGCCAUUCUGGAGGACACUCUACCAGCGACUUCAACUCACCUGUGGACAGCUACGCCUCCGACGUGACCUCAGGUUUGAGUGAUGGCUACGAGGGCCUAUCAGAGAGGAGUGGCAAGACUGCUGCCAGGCGCACGGCUGGGAAGCUGUUCCGGAGGAGAGCCCGUUCAAGACUGCGCAUCACUGGGCUCUCUGACAAAGACGACCGGGUGGUGGAGUGUCAGCUGCAGACUCACAAUGACAAGAUGGUUACCUUCAAAUUUGACCUGGAUGGAGACAACCCAGAGGACAUCGCAGCUGUCAUGGUACACAAUGAGUUCAUCCUGCCAUCGGAGAAGGAGGGUUUCAUCCACCGCAUGGGUGACAUCAUCAAGAGGGCGGAGACUCUGAUGAAGGAGCACAUGGUCCACGUGGACGGCAGCCAUGGAGCGCCAUGCCCACAAUUCCACAACAGGGUUAACUCAUUGUAUGCAUCACAGCCUAAUCUUCACAGUCACAUUGUGGAGCGGACACACUCUGCCUCCUCUCUACCAGACUUCAGCAUGGCUGACCCCAGUGUAGCUGUGCAUGGUUCUCCCUUACGUCCCGCUGAUGGAGGAGACUUCUUCAGCCCAGCAGACGUGACUUUACCUGCAUGGAGACCUCUAUUACGCUCCCAGUCUUUCCACAACGCCCCAGGUUCUCCUCACUACCAGCAGCACCACCCAGUCUCAAUGUUCUCCCAAGAGUGCCCCCAGCCCCAGCAGCACAAGCAGCACUACCACAUGCCCCCCUUCAUGGGCCACACACACUUCCCUUUCCCUUAUCCAGUGAACCCCGGCUCCCCGAAACCAGCCCAUUCUCCCCUCACACGGGUUGCCAGCAACCCCAUGUUCCCCUCCGUUUACUCCCCAGCCUUCUCCGGGGGCCACCACUCUGAUGCCCCGAGCCCCUUAGAGUACAGCGGGGAGGGGAACCCUCUGUCUCCCUCUGCUCACCCCCAGCACUCCGACAUGUGGCCUUCCCACACACAGCCCCUCUUCUCCCUGGCCAAUGUGAUCUCCAUGGCGAUGAGCAUGGCCCACUCCUUCAUCCCUGCCAACAGCCUGGCCAACCGAGGGAUGCCCUCCAUAGCAGGCUUCCACCCCCAGCUAACCCACCCCCAGUCUGGCUACCCAUCGAUCUACUCCCCCCACUACCAGACAGCUCCAGUGGAGGUCCCCCAUCCUCAGGGUGGGAUGCCUGGUCAAGGAAAACAGCACAGUGUCUACCAGGGCGCCGACACUCCACCAGAGAUGCAGAGGGAUGUGUCUGGGUCUGUGUACUCUCAAAACAGACACCCAAGCUGGCAGCAUAACCACAUAUCUCCCUCUAUGAUGGGCUACAACACCCCUCCAAGGAACCCACAGGGGAUGUCACUGGAAACAGUGUCUUCCAAACGCCUAAGCCAUUUACAGAAUAGUUCCCAAGGAUCCUACAUGGUUCCUCAGGACCAGUCUGAUGUGUCCAGCUCUGCGUCGGGGUCUGACCUGUCCCCCUCGUCCCCAGACAGCCCGGAGAGCACAUUAUCAUCGUUCAGCUCAACCACACCAAUGUCCAGACCAAUGGUGCCUGAGAUGAAUGCCAGUGCUCCCAAGCCCAGAGUAUCUUCCAGUUACACAGAUCCUCCACCUGCUGUUGUCACAGUGGGCCGUUUUCAGGUCUCCCCUAGCAUGGAGAUCCCUGAACCAGGUGGACAGGGCUCUAACCCCGCCAGGCCCAUGUCAGUGGGCAGCACCACCACCUCCAAGAGCAGCACAGAGGAGCAGGAGCAGUGGGAGUCAGAGACCAGCCUGAACACCUCCCUCACUCCCCACCCCCCACACCUCACUAUGGGGGAGGCCCGGGAGGUCCAAGUAGAGUGGGCCGGGACCAAGGAACAGCAGCAGGAAGAGGAGGAGGAAGAACAGGGUGAAGAAGAUGAGAAGGAGCAGAAGAAGGAAGAGGGGGAAGAAGAUGAGGAGCAGGAGGAGGAGAAGGAAGAAGAUGAAGAGGAACAGGAGGAAAAGGAAGAGCACCAGACAGUGAGGAGGAGGAGGAGGAAGAGAAUGUGCAGCCUCAGUCUGAUGGGUAUGUCUGCAGACAGCGGCCUGUCCGUUAUAGCGGUGGAAUCAGAGGGGCGUGGCCUGUGGGAUGGAGGGGCAGGGAGCCCCACCUACACCUCCACUCUAAACCACAUGUGGCUGAGCUACAGCCGUAACUUCACAUACCUGAGCAGUGACGACUCAGAGAGUGAGGACAUGUGGGAGGAGCUACUGGAGAUGAGGGAGAAACACUUGGCAGAGGUGCAGAGUCUCCAGGCCACCCAGAAGAGGGAGAUUGAAGAGCUGUAUGAGAGGAUGGGGAAGGUUCCCCCUGCGGGGAUAGUCUGUCCUGCCGCCAUGCUGUCAAUUCGCCAGCGCCGCCUCUCUAAGGAAAGGAGUUACCUCUCCUCCUCCCGCAGAAACAGUCUGCAGCGCCUGGACAUGCUCCCCCUCCAAGGUAUCAUUAGGAGGAACUCUCUGGGAGGCAGCAGCAGUAGCAGCUCUCUGGAGAAGCCCUCUAAAGGGGUGACUUUUGCAUCUGACAUCAGUAGAAUGGUGGGUUUACACAUUGUCCUUACAGGGUCCGAAUACUUCUACUUGCGUUCUAAAUAG